AUGGGUAAAAGGUCAAAGCCAUCAUUAGAGCCAGAGGCCAAGACUGCUGUUGCUGAGGCUGACCCACCCUCUCCCUCUUUUGAGACUGGACUCGGUGAGGUACAUACUGAGGUCACCACUGGAGCUUCCCUGGGUGAAGACGUCCCUCCCAGACAUUCCUCUUUGGCUGAUGAGUCGCAUCCUGCCCCACCUUCCGAUGUCGGAUCUACCUCACGUGUGGAGAUUCCUCUCAACUCUUCCUCUGACGAGCCUAGAGCUGCCACUGACAGGAAGACUGAUGGCAAGCUGCCAGAGACAGAGAGAUUGGUAGAGGACAAGGCAGGAGGGGACGGCUGUACAGAGACGAAGCCGACAGGGGCGAAGGAGCGACCCACUUGCAAACGUAAAAGACCAGACCAACCUUUCGUGCCUUCGAAGAGACAGAAGACUGCUUUGCUUUCACCGAUGGAGAUUGAAAUACAGUGCCUGGAACGAAUGUUUGCUGCCUUGAGCUUGUAGGCCCCAACUUUUACCUGUGUGACUAUUCAACUGACCUAAAACUUCUGACAUCUGCUGUAUGCUGUUUUGGGUUGGUCUGUUUCUCCAUAUUUUCUAGCUAUGUCACACAGGUAUG